CACCGUCCGCCCGCUCCAGGUACUGACGAGGAACCUGAGGUGAAGGCCGUUGCGGAUCAAAUGCGUCGGGUUUUCUUAGAUCGAGCUGGUCUCACCGAACAGCAGAUGACUUGCCUCAUUCUAGGUGGUCGCAGCUACGGUCGCUGCCAUCAGGACAUCAGCGGGUACUUUUUACAACCAUCGAGUAUACAAGAAUGAUCAACGUGUUGCUUCUUGUGUUUGAUGUAGAAUUGGAGAUCAUCACUGCAGGCCUUGCGAACGGUUUCUGUUUUAUCUUCGAUCAUUUUACCUUGGAUUCGGACUUGCUGGCUGAUGGAACAAAAAGUACUGUAAAACAUGUCAAAAAUCAAUUAUUAGAUGAAAAAAGAAUUCAAAUGGUGUUCGCCACAUCAUAUCACAUUAAGUACUCCAUUCCACCAACCCACGCCCACUCCACCCUAAACACUACUAGGUAUGCGCCCUAAAUCAAAAUCCGAUUAUUAGAACAUCACAUAUCCUCAGAGGAAUAGGGGACUCCUGCUGGCAAUUACACUACAAGUUUAGAAAAAGC